UAUAAACUUCAUGGCGAGCAGGGAGCCACCACAAACUGCGAUCGUCAUUAAUUUGCUGAUCGGCGAUUUGGUUCAAGAUGCCGUAAACGAGCCGCGCAAGCUGUCUAGUCAGAAGGACACCUGCCAGCGGCUCUUCGAUAUUUUGGGCUUCCAGGCCGACGACUCCUUCGAGAAUAUAGACGGCAGUGAAGUUCCAAGUACACCAAGUGCUUGUACUCUGCAGGGAACUUCUAGGCAGCGUUCGGUCGAUGCCAAGCGAAAAACCUGGCACAGUUGGCUGAAUAAGGCAUUGGAAGAAGAAAGUUCAGAGGACGAAGUUGAAAUCUUCAGGAAGGAUAGACCGCCAAAGACCUUUGAUUCCACCUCAGUGCAAACGGAGCAACCCCGUUUCCGCAGACGCAGCCUGGUGGAUCGCCACCAACUGCCUCCGCUCGCUCCCUGCGAGCAGACGCGCCAAACGAUCUUUAUUGACGCGGUAUCGGUGCCCAUACCAAAUGUGCUGGGCCGGCCACCGCUGGCCGAUCGCGUCUGCUACAUGUUGACCGACUUCGCUUCUGCGCUAUAUUGUAGUCUCGCAAUCAUGUGUUGUUGCACACCCAAUAUGUUGAGAUAAAUACACCCAGCGGCUGUAGCUCUCUGCUUUACUAAACCAAUA